CACGUGUUGACUGUUGGGACUGUUGCAAAUUUUGGAAGCGGUUUUGUAAAUUUUAGAAUUAUGAACUUUUGAGAUGUAAUUUAUUGAUUAAAUAUUAAAUACAAAAAUAUUAGAUAUUACUGAGUGAUAAUUGUUAUUUUUUCUAGACAUUUUUUUUAUAAACUUGAAUACUACAAGAAAAAUGAUUUUAGAUAGAUUUAGUAGGAUAUCAAAGUUGGCUGGACAACUUACUGCUCAAAAAUUAGACUUACUUUUAAAGACAACUUCGUUUUCUCAUAAAAUUUAUAAACCAUGUUACUUUUACAAUAAACCAGUGGCUAGUAACUUCUGUACUCAAAGAAGAUAUUUAAGUACUUUCAGUGAUGUAAAAUAUAUAAAUGCAGAAGAAAAAGUUUUAGUAAAAGAUAAUGUAUAUACAGAACAACAACUUGUAGGCUCACAAUUAUUAGAAAGUUCUGAAGCUUAUAGUAAUUCUGUACCAAAGCCUAUGAAAUUUAAUGAAAGUUUAGUAGUUGACAACUUAGAAGAAUUACUAAGCCAAUCAUGGAUCAGUAUGAGCAAUUCUGACAUUAUUGAUAAUUUUGAACGCCUUUCGCAUUAUGCUUUCAAACACAAAGAAACAAUUGAAGAUGAAAAGUUUCAUGGUGUUUUAGAAGUACUGAAAAGUCAGUUCAUAAAUUUUAGUGAUAGUGAUAUACGUCAUGUGUUCAAAUGCUUACAAUUGUGGAAUAUCGACAAAACAGGAUCUGUUUUUACUGAUCUUUGGAAGACUUUUGAAAUAGAGAUAAUAAAAAGAUAUUCAAAUUGGACAAUUGAUGAAAUACUUUUUACAAGCCAUUUGUACUACAAAUUGAAAAUAUCAAGAGGUUCUGAAUACACUUGGCAUAGUUUGAAAAAAAUUGCUAGAAAACCUCAGAACAUGCAUUAUACACAAUUAAUACAUCUCACAUUUUUAAUGAAAAUGAACCGUAAACUUCCACUAAAUAUGUACAAUAUUGAGUAUUAUGUAGAGCAGCAAGUAGACAAAUUAACACUAAAUGAAUUAGGAAUAUUUGCAUUAACUUUUUCUCAAUAUGAUACUCCUAUAAGGAGUUCAAACUUUAUACAAAAAUUUCUAGAUAAAUUAAUUGCUGAAGUAGAUACUGUUAAUGAAAUAUAUUUAACCAGCUUAUUGAAUAUUAUACGCAUUAAUCCAGUAAUCAGUGACAAAUAUAUGAUGUUAUUACAAGAAUUAGAAAGAAAUUUUUCACGUUGGUCAAUAUAUACUUUGACUGCUAUUGCUAAUGCACAAACAAAAACGUUAAUGCAUAGUGAGACUUUGAUGUCUAAGAUUUUAGAAAGAUUUGAAACAGAAAUCAAAAACUUAAAAAUUAAACAAAUGGGCCAACUAAUGUUGACAUUAUUGAUAUUAGGUUAUAAUGGCAAAACAACACCAUUUGUUUCUAUGGUAAUACAUGAAUUACUAGAACCCAACAGAGUCGAUGAAAUUGAAAAGUUUUCAAAAGUAUUUAUAGAGAUUAUUCAUUUUGCUUUAUUAAUGAAUUUUUUUUCAAAGGAUACCGAAAAAUUGUGUAGAAAAAUAUUUGAUCCUAAAUUUAUUGAAAACUUCAGCAAAAAUGACUAUUAUAAUCUAAAUUAUGAAUAUCUUCAAAUGAGUUAUUGUUUAGAAUUUGAUCAUCCAGAAUAUAAUGGUCCUAAAUUAGAUGAAGGAGUGGUGGACUUCCUUUGCAAAGCAUUUGGAUCUAACAAAAGUGAAAAUAAUUUAAGAAGACCAGAAAAUAAGACAUUAGAUGGCAUGCUUCUGAGUAGUAUAGAGAAAAUUUGUAAGAGAGCAUUAAAAUCGGAAUAUGGAUUUUAUCGCAAAGCAGUUUUACCACACUUUGCUAAAGCAUUUGGCAUAAUUUGCUACGAUCCAGAAACCAAAGAAUACGGUUCACCAAAAGAAAAGCUGUCUCAAAUACCAUGGAAUUUACCAAAGUAUGCGCCAGCUGACGGUAAAGAAUGGUUUGCCCUGAUUAUGGGUUCUAAACAUCAGGUUAUUAAUAAUUCUCGUAAACCAGUCGGCAAAGUAUUAGUACAGAUAAGACAUCUCGAAAAAAUCGGAUAUAAACCGAUUUUCAUACCGCAUUAUGAAUGGGACAAUUUGUCUAAUAACAGUGAAAAAGAAAAAUAUAUUUUAGAUAAUUUACACAAAUAAAAUUCACAUUUUCAUAACAAAGUUAGUCUAAUGACACUUUUGACAGAUAUUUAGUUUUUUAUAUUUUCAUUUGUUUUCAAGUUAUUUUUUGAAAAAAUGGAUAUAUCACGUUAAUCAGUGUUCUUUGUAUCAUACAACAAUCACAUAAAAUAAAGUAGCCUUUAGUUAUCGUUA